AUGGCAAGGCCAUCCCGGUCGGUUCUCUUAUCCACGCUUCACCCGAUCAGUCGGACAGGGUACGGAGGCCAGACCCAGAUGCUCGUGGCGGAGCUCCAGCAGAGCUGGCACGUGCAGCUCCUUGCCUGGAACUUGCGCCACCGUGGCGAGCUUCCUGCAGAAGACCUCGAGGCGAUGCUGAGGAGGCACAGCAUGAGCCGAUCAGAUGCCCUGGCGCAGGCGGGAGGAGAUCCGCGAGCACUUCUGUCGGGUGUUCCAGUGCUCACAACUCGGAUUGCGCCGCCUACGGGGCACGAGACCGGCGAGGGGUGGCUGGAAGUUCUGAGGGCUGUAGACUUGCUGGAGGCUGCAGCGAAAAAUUGCAGCGCAGCAUGCCCGUUUCGGAAGCCGGAUGUGAUCUUGCAUUUGCACGACGCCUGGUGGCUUGGGCCUGCACCGAGCCAGGUGAAACAAGCCGCCGCCAGCGAGCAUCUUCCACCCCUCGUUGCUUGGCUGCCCAUCCUCUUCGACCCUCUCUUAAGCGACGACCCGACACGGCCAGACAGAUCGGGCAGCGCGCUAGAGCUCUUCUCAGGUGUGAUCACCAUGUCGGUGUGGGGCCGGGGUGUGUAUGAGGCGGCCUUGGCUUCCUGGGCCAAGGAGCUGCAAAAUGCCCAGGAGCGAGAGGCUAAGUCCUUUCAGGUCCGAUGGUUGCCGCCCCACUUGGGAUACGUUCCACACGCGUUGCACCCAUCCUUCGCAGAAGGACCCCUGGCCUUUGAGAGCGACAGUCGGGGAAGGUUGCGGAGUGCUUUUGGAUUGCCACAAAAGGCUUUUGUCGUGCUGAUCGUGGGACGCAAUCCGCCUCCCCCAAGCAGCGAAGCAAAUCGCAAGUCUCAUAAGGCAGGAAUCCGGGCUUUCGCACGAGUGCGCUCACGCAUCGCCGAGUUGUGUGGAGGGGAGGCCGUGCCUGAAGCCUGCGCUCGUACGUCCUUUGCCCACUUGCAUCUGCAUUGCGACGUGGAUGGGUCGGUGGAUAUCCGAGCAUUGCUAGCGGAAGUCGGCCUUAGCUUGAAGCCAGAUGGGGGCGCGAGCAGCAGUCGUGAGAAGCUGUCUCAAGAGCAGCUCCGCAACCUUUACAGUGCAAGCGACGUCCUGCUGCAGCUCAGCCGCGCGGAAGGCUUUGGCCUUCCAGUCAUUGAAGCGCAGGCCAGCGGAGCACCUGUGAUCGUGAACGGGGCUACAGCCAUGGCUGAGAACGUUGUGCUGGGAAAGGUUCUUCUCCCAACGCCACGGCAGGCCCCCAGUGGAGGCCGCGAUGAUCGGCCUGGGUCUUGGACACCUCCAGACAGCAUUGCGGCGGCCGAGGCGCUUCUUGAGACCUGGGUGGCGCCACCUUCCCCCACGGAACGGAACAGUGCACGCAUGGCUCUUCACAGCCAUUUCGCUCAGUCCUCGGUCGGCCAGCGCAUGAGCCAGCUGUUGGAGUCUGUCUUGCGGGAUCCUUCAGCCAAUGAAAGCCACUUGGCAAGUUCUAGCCUCACCCAGUCCAGCCAGCAGCCUGAAGCAGCAGACGUUGCAAUUGAACCAGCGGUGGCCCAAGCAGCCUUCUGCAGCAAGGAGUUCCUGUUUGCAGAGGCAUGCUGGCGAGAGGGAGUCCUUACUGACUGCACUCAAGGCGAGGAGGAUCUGCGUGCCUGUUUUGUGAGGGAUUGGCAAGAGCCCCAGCUUGCUGGCAAACACAUGCCGCGGAACCGACUGGUCAGCACACGACAAGGCUGGCCAAUGCUGUACAACAUCUAUGACAUAGUGGUGGGUCGAAUGCUUGAGGUUUGUGGCGCCUGGUUGGGCCAUGAGGGUUUGCUUCAUGGCAUUCUUCUCCCCACGCACGGGAGGAUACUGGAGGCUGGGGCGCACACUGGUGCGAUGACGAUCCCGCUGGCCUCACGCGUGGCUCACGGGCGCCUGCUUGCUUUAGAGCCUUCCAGGCUCAACUUGCAGCUGCUGACGGCCAACCUCGCCCUAGCACAGCUCCCCAACGUGGACACCCACCAAGCCGCCCUGGGCGCUGUGUCUGAAGGCACGGUCGUCGUGGAGGAGCCUGAUGUGAUGCCCUUUGCAGACUUCCGCCGCCUGAGCACAGGCAAAAGACAUCGAAAGGUGCCGGUGGUCAGCGUGGACCAGGUUUUGGGGCCCUCGGUCGACCGCCUGGACUUGUUGAGGCUCGGCCUGGGCUCCAUCGGGGAGGGACAGCAGCUUUCCGCGGCCGUUCAGGGCGCCAAGAGGUCGCUGGAGCGGUUCAAGCCUUGGGUUUUGCUGGAGCUGCCCUUGAAGCGGAACCCGGACGUCUUUGACAUGGAGGUGCGUGGUGAGGAGGAGGCGGCCCUUCUGGACACCCUGGCGGGCCAGUCAGAGGUGGGGUGGCUGCAUGUCCGAUCCCCGAGCCCAGCUGACCGCAAAAAUGCUGCUUUGUGGCCAUCGCUCUCGGACCACUGGGUCAUCAGCGGAUCCAGAUCCCAAAGUGUGGAUCCGAGCUGUGUCAACAUGCGGGCCUUCGGCUCUCAAAAUCGGCAGAGUCAGUGA